UAGGACCCUGGGGACCCCAGUCCCGUUGUCCUUCUAAGGGCCGGGCUGAGAGGGCCAGUGGUCAGACCCGUUGCCUUGGCUGGGUCGGGUCGAGAUAGCCUCCCCUAGGGACCCCCUAGCCGGAGGGAUGAGUGUACGUGGUCCCAAGUAAUAGGACACGAUAGCCCGGAGGACAUACCUCCCCAGAUCCUUCUAGCAGUGGAGUCGGUUGCUGUGGUUACCUGUUAAUCGGACUUUCUUACCUUUUGAUACUCAUCACAUUCCCAAUCAGCAUAUGGAUGUGUUUCAAGAUAGUGCAAGAAUAUGAAAGAGCCGUCAUCUUCACACUAGGACGAAUCAAACCAGGAGGCGCUAAGGGCCCAGGUCUUUUUUGGAUAGUACCUUGCACAGACAACUUUGUGAAGGUGGACAUGAGGACAGUCAACUUUGACAUCCCUCCUCAAGAGAUUCUCACCAAGGACUCUGUGACAGUGAGUGUGGACGGCGUGGUGUACUACCGUGUACAGAACGCCAUCCUGUCUGUGGCCAACAUCACCAAUGCCAACUCGGCCACACAGCUGCUUGCCCAGACCACGCUCCGAAAUGUGCUGGGCACCAAGAACCUGUCCGAGAUCCUCUCUGACCGGGAGGAGAUCGCGCACACCAUGCAGCUCACACUGGACGAUGCUACAGACAACUGGGGAAUAAAGUUGGAGAGAGUGGACAUCAAGGACGUCAAGUUGCCCCACCAGCUCCAGCGGGCCAUGGCAGCUGAGGCUGAGGCAACACGAGAGGCUAGAGCCAAGGUGAUUUCAGCGGAGGGAGAGAUGCACGCAUCGCGGGCGCUCAAAGAGGCGGCCCUGGUAAUGGGGGAGGCCCCAGCAGCCUUGCAGCUCCGCUACCUGCAGACCCUCAAUACCAUUGCUGCCGAGAAGAACUCCACCAUCAUAUUCCCACUGCCCAUGGAUCUGCUGCAGGGCAUGGGAGCAUCAUGGAAGAAAUGAGCCUUGUAUCGAGAUCCCAGGGAAUGACACCUUGAUCAUAAUUGUCAACUCUACCAAUUUAAGUAGUAGGCUUCCGAGUUUUUAAAUCUUGCUACUGCAUACCAUUGGUAAAAAUGUAUCAUAUCCAUCUUGAAACAAUUAUUUUUUACAAAUAUUUGCUUUGAAAAUCGAUUGGCAUCCAGUAAAACGGUUUAAGAAUGUAAACCUUCCACUUAAUUUGGUAUGCCUGGCAAGUAUGCCCCGAGGUCGUAAUCAGCAUUCAAGAAGUUAUGUGGCUGCGUGUUGACUUGGGGUCAACAUUACAAUGCAUUAAUUCAUAAAUAAAUAUUGAUUCUUGCGCUAUAAAUGUGUGUCGAUUAAGAACUAUUUUUGCGUAUACAUUUUUUUAUUAAAUGCAUGUGAACCCUGAGGCUGCGAGAAGUAGUUCCAUUGACAAUGUGAAAUACAUAUUUUGUUGAGUUGUGAUAAAUUACAUUCCUAAUCUAGAUUUUAAGUUUUCGUGACUACAGGGAUCCAUACUCUUUGGUUCUUUCGGUAAAGUCACGCAGCCUCCCACUCCCAACCCUGCUCCCCCCCGCCCCCCCCCCCCCCCGGCAUUUUGCCGUACUCGCCCUUUAAUCCCUUCUCGCAGCGCUUCACUUGGCAGCGUCCCACUCCCUCUACCCCACACCCCCCUCUCUAUCUCUCCUCCCUGGCUCCUCCCCCCUCUGGCUCCACCUAUAUAGCCUCUUGUCACAGCAGCCCUUUUGCCCACUCCACCAAUUGCUUUAUUGCUGUGGUUGUCCCACCUGAUGACGGACGCUUGUGUUGCGCCCGAAACGUCGUGAUUUAAUUUAUUUUAUUUUAUAACUACGUGACUUUACCGAAAGAACCAAAGAGUAUAUUCCUAAUGUUUAUUGUUGGGGUUAUGUUGGUACAGGAAGGUACGUGUAUUUUUUGUAUAAAAGUUAAAAUAUACUAAUACAGACACUUCGAAUUUUACGUUGUUUGGUUUUGUAACAAAGUUUAUCUGUCAGCAUAUAUUACAUCAAUAUUAUAUAUUGCUUUUUCUGAUUAAAUAUAAACAAUGAAACUGCUGA